UUUCGAACGAACACAUAAUAGGUGGAGGGACUUGUUGCGGAACGGAAUCGUAGGUUAUUUCGCAGCAGCAGCUUUGAGCUUUCCUCAAUCUUGCAGUACAAUCAAUGGGUGGAGGUACACGUCGCACAACCUGGUAGCUAUCGGUGGUAUAAUAGCGGAAACGCGAAAGAUGAAGGGAAGUGUUAUUUUCCUGUUCGUUUUCCUGGUCCUGUUUGGAGAGGUGUGGAGCCAGUUUGAAGCCCCGCUGGGACCGGAAUCCGUGGGCAAGUCUAAGCGCGAUGGUGAAUCAAAGUCGGAAACGGAAGAAUCGGCCGUGAAGGAUGAGAGUUCCAACCAAAGAAAGUCGUCGGAAGGGCUGCUGGAAAAGCUAGUCCAGGAGGAAUCCGCCGGCGGUAAGAAGGAGAAGGCCGAGUAUGAGGGGUUUUCGGAUGAUUUGCGCUUUAUGCACUCGGCGAUAAAGAUUGUCAAGGCGCCGGAUUUGUCGCAGGAUAAGGAGAGUCGCAAGAUGUCGGAGAUGCUGAACGAGCUGCUGGACAGCCACGAGCGGAUGAUUCAGAAGAUUGAGAGCGAGAUCGAGGAGAUCAAUCGGAUGUCGCCGGAGGACGAUGGCGCGGAAGUGCCGUUGAGUCCGGAGCAGUUGGAAGCGCAGGAAGCAUUCGACAGGGCGAUGGUGGUUCUCAAUCGGACCAAAGUGGACAAGCUCCAGGGGCACAAGCUGAUGGUGGAAGCGGCCAAUAAGGGUCAUCCGCUGGCAAGGAGUCACGUGGCCUGGGCGCAGCUGCUGGGUAAUCCGGUGCAUAUGGACACGGAGGCGGCCAAGCGUACGUUCCUGGAGCUGGCAGAAGAGGGUCUCCCGGAAGCGCAGAUGGGCCUCGGUUUCAUGUACGCCACGGGAAUCGGGUUCAACGUGAGCCAGGCCAAGGCACUGGUCUACUACACAAUGGCAGCCCUGGGGGACAAUUCGUGGGCGCAGAUGGCGCUCGGGUACCGGUCGUGGGCCGGAGUUGGGGUGCCCAAUAGUUGCGAAACGGCGUUGGAUUUCUAUCGGAAGGUGGCGACCAAGGUGGCCAAUCAGGUGACCUUUUCCGGGGGAGCAGCCGUGCAUCGGAUCAGGCUGCUGGAUGAGAUCGAAAAUGCAGGUCCAAGUUCCGGCAUACUAGAUAACGAUCUGAUCGACUACUAUCAACUGCUGGCGGAUAAGGGCGAUGUACAAGCUCAGGUAGGACUGGGCCAGCUUCACUACCAGGGCGGUCGAGGCAUCCCGCUCGAUCACCAGAAAGCCCUGCAAUAUUUCAGUCAGGCGGCCAAUGCUGGAAAUGCCGUGGCCAUGGCUUUCCUCGGAAAGAUCUACCUGGAAGGGAGCGACAACAUCAAAGCGGACAAUGACACCGCGUUGAAGUAUUUCAAGAAGGCGGCCGACUUGGGUAAUCCCGUUGGACAGUCCGGUUUGGGUGUGAUGUAUCUGCAUGGGAAGGGUGUCCCGAAGGACACGGUGAAAGCGCUGAAGUAUUUCACGCAAGCGGCCGAUCAGGGCUGGGUCGAUGGCCAGUUGCAGCUGGGAAACAUGUACUUCAGCGGAAUUGGCGUCAAGCGGGACUUCAAGCUGGCCAACAAGUACUUCAAUCUGGCGUCGCAGUCCGGCCACGUGUUGGCCUUCUACAACCUGGGCCAGAUGCACGCCGUUGGGCUGGGUAUGAUGCGUUCCUGUCCGACUGCGGUGGAGCUGUUCAAGAACGUUGCCGAGAGGGGCAAGUGGGCCGAACGGUUGAUGUCUGCCCACCAGGACUACCGGUCCUAUCGGUUCGAGGAGGCAUUCAUGCAGUACACACUGAUGUCCGAGUUGGGCUACGAGGUGGCCCAGAGCAAUGCUGCUUUCUUGCUGGAUCGUGGUGAGGUCAAUUUGUUCCAGAACCGGCAGGAAGAGUUGAUCCGGGCGUUGCAGUUCUGGGGACGUGCGGCGGCGCAAGGUUAUUCGGCGGCUCAGGUCAAGCUGGGCGACUACCACUAUUACGGGUUGGGCACGGGUGUGGACUUCGAGACAGCUGCUUCCCAUUAUAGGAUGGCUUCGGAACAGCAGCACAACGCCCAGGCGAUGUUCAACCUGGGCUACAUGCACGAACAGGGCCUCGGCAUGAAGAAGGACAUCCACCUGGCCAAACGGUGCUACGAUUUGGCAGCGGAGACCAGCGCCGACGCCAAGGUGCCCGUCACCUUGGCCCUGAUGAAGCUCCAAUUGCUGUUCAAGUUGGAAUCACUGCGAGAGUCUCCCUUCAGCGUCCUGCUCGAACUGGACGAGAACAUCGCCUCCAACUGGGAUCUGUAUCUGAUCACGAUACUGACGAUAGUGCUCGGGGCAGCGCUGUACUUCCGGAGGCCGCCUCCCCCGGGAGCAGCCGGCAACAACUACAACAACCAACCGGUGGCGGCGGCGGCUGCCCCCGUGGUGGCAGGAGCCGGAGUAGCCGGAGAGGAGGCCCCCCUUUUGGACCGACCGGCCGCCCCUAGCAGUACGACGAACCGGCCACAGCAGCAGCAACAGCGCGAAGAUGCACCGCAGUGAUCGACUGUUAGUGUGAGUUAAAUCAUACUUGUUGUUUCUUUUCCUAUUUCUACUUUUCAGUUUUUAGGCUGAUUCCGCGUUUGUUUUAAGAAAUCUAGGACUUCGACGAGGCAGAAGUCGAAAUCUGUAACGUUUUGUUAAGUCAAAAUUCUGUUGCUCCUUUGAACUGCUUUUCCUACAAUGCUUCAACUUUACAUGAGAUGCUUGGUGAUAUGAGAUGAGAGUGUAUAAUAUAGUUCGGUUCUACUAGAGAACAGAUGCUGAGUGGGAUGCGUUGAAAUUCGGUUUAUCAAUCGCACAUUGAUAUGCAGUUCGACAGUCCGAAAGAAAGUAGAAGUCUAUGUGAAAUAUACUUAGUGUACGUAAA